AAACCCUAUACCCUAUUAUACCCUAAUUUCUUCUUCUCACACUUUCCGGCUAAACCCACCAAUCUACCACACUACAGCCGCUUUUUCCUCCUCAUUCUCCGCCGCUGCCUCCGUGUGCUUGUGCUCGCCGCUCUCAAGGAUCAUUAAUUCUAUUUCUUCAUCAGUUUAAUGGCUGGUCCAAAACUCAACAAGAAGAAGGGUGGUAGAGCGGCUAAUCCUCCACCGAAGAAGCAAAAGGCAUUGCCUACUUUAGAAAAAGAAACUAAGGAGGACAUGAUAUUUGAUUCUGAUGGCUCUGAAGAGCCCGUAAUGCUUGAGAACUCAGAUGAGGAAGAUCAGGGAAUGGACUCUCUCUCGGAUAUGUCGUCAGAUGGUGAUGAUGUCUAUGCCAAUGAUAUCCUCCAAGGAAGUGAUGAUGAAGAGGGGAGCGAUGAAGAAGAGCGGGGAGCACAGGGAGACUCAGAUUCUGAUGUAUCUGAUUUUGAGAAGGAAGCAAGAGAAAUUGAUGAGGAAAAGGCACGGGAACAAGUAGACGCAGAAGCAGAAUUAGAGCUCAACAUAAAAAAUGAAGCUAAUGAGUUUGCUUUACCAACUGAGGAGGAGCUUGAAGAGGAAGCACAGAGACCCCCAGAUUUGUCCAAUCUUCUAAGAAGGAUAAAAGAGAUUGUACGAGUGCUUUCGAAUUUCAAAUCUUUGAGGCAAGAGGGUGCUACACGUAAAGAUUAUGUUGAUCAGUUGAAAAUGGAUUUAAUUUCUUACUAUGGAUACAAUGAUUUUUUGAUUGAAGCUCUAGUUGAGUUGUUUCCGGCUGUUGAACUCAUGGAACUCAUUGAAGCUUUUGAGAAGCCUAGGCCUACCUGUCUUCGUACUAACACUUUAAAGACUCGGCGAAGGGACUUGGCAGGUGUUCUUUUAAACAGAGGAGUCAACCUCGAUCCAUUAAGCAAAUGGUCCAAAGUAGGAUUAGUUGUGUAUGAUUCCCAAGUUCCAAUUGGGGCCACUCCAGAAUACAUGGCUGGGCAUUAUAUGCUUCAAGGUGCAAGCUCUUUUUUGCCUGUAAUGGCGCUUGCUCCUCAGGAGAAAGAGAAAGUUGUUGACAUGGCGGCUGCACCUGGUGGUAAAACUACUUACAUUGCAGCUCUGAUGAAAAAUACUGGUAUGAUCUAUGCAAAUGAGAUGAAGGAGUCGAGACUCAAAUCACUCACUGCAAAUAUACAUCGGAUGGGUGUAACAAACACCAUAGUUUCCAACUAUGAUGCGAGGGAGUUGCCUAAAGUCCUGGGAAGCAACUCUGUCGAUAGGAUUUUAUUGGAUGCUCCUUGCAGUGGGACUGGUGUUAUAUCUAAGGAUGAGUCUGUGAAAACCUCAAAAAGUGCUUUAGACAUACAAAAUUGUGCUCAUCUACAAAAGCAAUUAAUACUUGCUGCGAUAGAUCUUGUAGAUGCCAACUCAAAGUCAGGAGGUUACAUUGUUUACUCCACAUGUUCCAUUAUGGUUGCUGAGAAUGAAGCAGUCAUUGAUUAUGCACUCAAGAAGAGGGAUGUUAAACUUGUUCCAUGUGGCCUUGAUUUUGGACGUCCUGGAUUCAUUCGCUUCAGAGGGCAUCGUUUUCACACUUCCUUGGACAAGACAAGGCGCUUUUAUCCCCAUGUCCACAAUAUGGACGGAUUCUUUGUAGCCAAGCUAAAGAAAAUGAGUAACACGAAGCAAACGUCUCAACAGUCAGAAGACGGAGAGGUGGAGGAGGAUGAAUCUGAGUUGGUUGAAAGCAAUGACCAGGAAGAGGGUGACAAAGAGAAGAAACAAUUCAACAAAGGCUCUAAUGAAAUUGCUACAGAAAAAGUUAUCAAAGAGAAGAAACAAUUGAACAAAAGCUCUAGUGUAAAUGGGGCAGGGAAACAACCACCUUUGAAGGAAAAGAGAAAGAAAAAGGAAUGGCCUUCAAGAGAGGAAAUUGCGAAAAACAGAGAAGAGAAACGGCAGGCUUUAAGGGAAUCAAAGAGAAAAAGGUGAGGAAAGCAGUUGCGGAUCAACUUUAUGUGCCUUGUAUUUUAUGCACAGAAAUGUUGUUGAAAAAAGGCAGAAAAUACGAGUUUCGACGUUGGAGAUGUCGACUACCUGUUGUGUUACUGUGUAGGUUAGAACUGGGAUGAUGAUGCUUAUUAUAAAUUUUUGACUCGAUCUUCAAGAUUUUUGGAUCAUAAAUUUUGUAGGGCCCGGCUGUGUCAUCAUAAAAUAGUUUUUGUAAAAUACUCCUAUUAAAUGCGGAUUCAAUAUUUAUCA